AUGAAGGUUGUUGCUUUAGUCUCUGGUGGUAAAGACUCAUGUUUCAAUAUCCUUCACUGUCUUUCACAAGGUCAUGAAUUGAUUGCAUUGGCUAAUCUAAGACCAGCUGAUCAUAAAGUUCAAGAACUGGAUAGUUUUAUGUUUCAAACUGUGGGUCAUGAUGCUCUUACAUUAUAUUCAGACAUAAUUGGGGUACCCAUGUAUAGAGGUGAUAUCAAGGGGAAAUCUGUUAAUCAACAAUUGGAUUAUAAAUUAACUUUAGAAGAUGAAAUUGAAGAUUUAUAUUGUUUAUUACAAAAAGUUCAAAUUGAACAUCCUGAUGUUGAAGCUGUAAGUGUUGGUGCUAUCUUAUCUUCAUAUCAAAGAACAAGAGUGGAAAAUGUAUGUCAAAGAUUAGGACUGACUUCAUUGGCUUUCCUUUGGCAAAGAGAUCAAUUAGAAUUAAUGACUGAAAUGGUGGAAUCUUCAAUGGAUGCUCGUAUCAUUAAAGUUGCAGCUGUGGGACUUGAUGAAUCACAUUUGGGUAAGAGUUUAAAAGAAAUGUUUCCAAUUUUGUUGAAAUUAAAUUCAAGAUUCGAAGUUCAUAUUUGUGGUGAAGGUGGUGAAUUUGAAACUUUAGUACUUGAUGCCCCAUUUUUCAUUAAAAAAUUAAAAUUAACAAGUUUUGAAAAAAUUGUAUCAAAUGACCAAGUUGCUUAUUUGAAUCCUGUUGUUGAAGUUGUUGAAAAGACUGAAGAAGAUGGAGAAUAUCAUAGUGUAAAAGAAAAAGGUGUAAAUUGGUCAAAAUUCUUACCUGGAAAUAACAAAGUAUUGAAAGAAUCUUUCCAAGAAAUUUAUGAUUCAUUAUCAACAGAUCUUCCAAACGCUGAUGAAAUUAAAGAUGAUCUUAAAUUUAUUAACUCACCUAGACAAUCAAUUUAUAAAAUAGAUAAUAAAUUAUUCAUUUCAAAUAUAACAAGUGAUAAAUCAACUGUUGAUGAACAAGUAACUGAUGUGUUCCAAAACUUAAACAACAUCCUUAAUGAAAAUAAUGUUAACUCAUCACAUAUCCAACAUUCAACAUUAUUAAUAUCAAAUAUGAACAAUUUCCAACAAAUUAAUAACAUUUAUGUUCAAAAUUUCCCUAAUCCAUUACCUCCAUCAAGAGUUUGUGUGGAAACUAUAUUACCAAAAGGAUCAUAUUUACAAUUAUCAGUAAUAGUUUUAUUAGAUAAUUCAAAGAAGACAGGAUUACAUGUCCAAGGUAGAAGUUAUUGGGCUCCUGCAAACAUUGGACCAUAUUCACAAAGUAUAAUUGAUGAAAAUUUAAUCGCUACGAUAAGUGGUCAAAUUCCAUUGAUUCCAUCAACAAUGGAAUUAACAAAAUCUGAUGAUUUAGAACAAGCUUUACUUUCAUUACAACAUUUUGAUAAUGUUAAACAAGUUAUUGGUUGUGUUAAUCAAUUAUCUAUGGUUUCAUUUGUUAAAUCAUCAAAUUUAGUAUCUAGUGUUUCUCAAAUAUGGGAAAAUUAUUGUGAUGAAAAUUCUGAAUAUUCAAAUCCUUCAAAUUCAUUAUUAAUUGUUCAAGUUAAAGAAUUACCAAAAAGUGCAAAUGUUGAAUGGGGUGGACUUGUUUACAAGAAAUUAAUUAAUUUAUAUGAAGAUGAUAGUGAUGAUGAAGAAUUAGACGAAAUAAAUGAAAGUUUGACUAAGAAUUUAUCAAUUCAAGAUUCUUUAUACUAUGGUAAUGAACAAAAUUUUGUUUCAACAUUAACUUUAAAUUCAAUUGAUGAUUUAAAAUUUGAUAAAGAUUUACAUUAUACCAUUUAUACAAGACCUGAAUAUAUUUUCAUAGUUGAAGAUUCAAAUAUUUCAGUGGAAUUUUUACCAGUUAUUAAUGUUUGGAAUUAUAAAGGUGAAUUAAAUAAAUUUGGUAUAAUUAUUAGAGGGUUUAACUGA